GUGUCAGGAUAUCCACAGCAUUCCAAUGUUCAGAGGAUUUGGCCCUUCAUGCUUAUUAAAUUGUCAGGGUCAGAGAGAUUGUUCAGCUUUGGGGAAACUAAAGGAAAACUGUGCAAACAUUAAAUAAGGAGGCGGUCAGGUCAGAUGAUUUCCAGUAAAGCGCCAUUCUGGAAACUGAAAGUAAAUUGCGAGCAAAGAGCGUAACAAGGUAGUAGCAACAACCGGAAUCGGUCAAAAAAAAAGGUUGAAAGCGAAAGGCCUUCCCCGCCGCUUGUCCUCAAUAUAGCGACAAAUUCGGAACAGGGCGUCUAAUCCUGCAGUCCGGGGACUUGUCAGAAAAUUGAACGAUUUUGAAGUUAUUCAAGAGAACUGUCAGGACAAUAUGAAUCUUUCAGAAAAACUUCAGGAAGCGGAAGAGGAGUUAAAGUUGUGGCAGGUUAAAAUAGACAAGUUAGAAAAGCAAAAAUCAGAGUUAAUCUGCGAAAAACUGGAUGCAGAUGAGAGGAAGAAGCAAGCUGCUCAACAACUUUGCACCCUAAGUAAGGAACAGGAGAAUCUCGAGAGAGACUUUGAAAAAGCAGAGCAGUCCUUCAAGGAGAAGCUCUUUGAUAAAAAGGCUGAAGGUGCAAAACUAAAAGGACUAUUGCUUCAACUUGAAAAUGAGCUCCAUUGUAAUCAGCAACACUGUGACCUACUGCGGACUAAAUUCAAGGUUAACGUGGGAUUGCCUGAGAAGAAUAUUAAAUUUACCAAGCUCGAAGAAAGUGUGCCAAUAGAUCAAGAGGGAGAAGACUUCCUGAAGAUAAAGUGCUGCUAUAACAUCUCGCCCAAAGUUUUUAUGGUUCUUCAGAAUGGACAGGCCUUAGUCACUUUUGAAGACGAACAAGUUGCUAAUAGAAUUCUAAAAGUGCCCAAACAUCACAUAAUGCUGGAUUCUGGGAAAAUGGAUGUGAAAGUUCAACCUGUCAAACUGGAUACAGCAAGGAAGUUUGAGAUACAUGUUGACAUCUCCAGGAAGACGGUCAAGGUUUCCCAAAUUCCAAACAAACUUCCCGAAGAACAGAUGAGGGAUAAGUUGGAAAUAAGUUUUUCAAAGCCUAGUUUGGGCGGAGGGGAGGUGGAAAACAUUAGUUAUGAUUGCAUUUCUGGAACUGCCCUGGUCACAUUUGUCGAGAAAGGAAUUGCUCAGCAUGUUGCAGAACAGAAGAAGUACAAAAUUAUCUUAAAUGAGACACAAAGCUGUUGGGUGAUGAUUGAAUCCGUAUGGGAUUAUGAUCUGGGGAAGUUUCAGACAUUUAAUGGAAUUUGCAAGCGAACUGUGCUGAUAUCAGACAUCAAAAAUGAACUGGACGAGGAAGAAUUACAGGACAAGCUUGAGAUCCAUUUCCAGAAACCAAGCAACCACGGUGGUGAAGUUGAGAAUAUAAAAUAUGUCCCAAAGGACCAACAUCUCACAGUGUACUUAGAACAAGAUGUGGAAGAGAAAUGAUGUUCUGAUUUUCAGCUCGGUACUCUCUGAACUGUGUGGUCUUUUAAAGUCUACACUUUUUCUGUCUAUUGAGUAGUUUAUUUUUGCCACUUCUAGCAAGACAUUUUCUUCUUCAGCGUUCCAGUUGUAGUCAUGAUCAGAGUCGUUUUCCAGUUGAAAGCAGUCACAUUAUUUAGCCAUUAGCUCUGUGAAUCAUUAUCGUGUGUGUGUAUAUAAAUUAAAUACAUAUAUUUAGUUCAAUCACUACUAAAUUGAUUUGCAUUGUGUAUAAAAGCAUUCUAUAUUGUGCCUUUAUCUGUGUAUGCCUUGUGCCAUACACAAGGAUGUAUAAUGGCAUUUCAUAUCCUUUCUCCUUUAAAAUGGGUAAAACUACAUUGAUUGCAAUAUGGCGUGAUAAAAUAGCUGUGCAUAAAAAUAAUAACUAAAAUAAAGGGAUGAGAAGUGCUGUUCCGAUCUGUUUACAUUGCUAGAUCAGUCCUUGGAAAUAAAUUGUGUGAAAUUA